CAAUCCGUUCAUAUUCCAGGAUCCAGGCAAGACAAGGAGAUCAAGUCAAGAGAAAGAUGAAGAUGAACCUGCUCACCCAGCAAACGGUGAUGCUUUGGCUCUCUGUUGCUCGCACACUCACAACAGCAGAGCUGGUGAAGCUAAGCACUGUUGACUCUGUCAUUGUGCCAUGCCACCAGCGUGUAACCCUCCGAUGUGACAUCACCACCUUCCAGGAGGGGCUGUCGAUCAAACAUCUGGCCUGGGUCCGCCAGGACGGCAAGCACCUGUGUGACGUUAACGGAACUGGAGUGACCGGGUCCCACUCAGGGAGCACACCUAGUACCAUGGAGUGUAGUUAUACCCCACAGACACAGCUGACCCUGACGCUGCUGCAGGUACAGCCACUGGAGCGGGGAAAGUACUUGUGCAAGCUACGCUCCAAUCACGGAGUAAAGGAGGCCACUACAACGGUGGAGCUGCAAGAGUGCUACAGGAAGGCCCAGCCCAGUGUCAGUGAUGAGGGCCCAACCUGCACCUUCACUGGGGUCUACCCUGAUGGAGAGGUGCACUGGUUCCAGGGACCCAACAAUGUGACUGGGGACUCUACAAUCAACACUAAACAAGUGGAAGAUGGAGCGUCAUUGACUAUAACUAGUUCCCUGAAAAGAAAGACCGUCUCUGGGGAAGGGGCCUACAACUGCUCCCUGUGGAUCCCCAGUACCGGAGCCUACCUGACCAGCAGCUUAGUGGUACCAGAGCAUAGUAAAGCCAAGGUUGUGCAGCCCAAUGCCAGUGGGGCAGGGUCCAUUGGUCCUUUGUGGAAACCUUUUCUAUUCCUCCUGAGUACUCUCUUCCUGGUGUGAUGUCUUGAAAACAAACAUUGACAAGCAAGUGGAUAAUUUAAUAAGAAUAUGGAAGAGCCAUUGUGUGAGGUUCGUUUCAUGGUCCAAAGGUUUCCUUGGCUGCGUAGAACAAGGAAAUGAUAACCUGAGGCUGGUAACCUGGUGCAAAUCAACCUAUUGUGAACGCACCCUUGUUGGUCUGCCAGUGCCAGAUGUUAAUUAGAUUGUUAAUUAAAAACAGCAAACGGCAGUAGAAACAAUAACAAAGUUUACUUCCUUCCCGUUUCGGUGAAACGCUGAGGGAUGGGGCCGGAGAAAUGUAACCACUCUCAAAUUCAUAGACAGUGCUUUGGAUGCAUGGCCUGACCAUCGAUGAUAUCAAAAUAAUUAGUUUUAACAAUGUUUUGAGGCUAUAUAGUGUUUUAUUAAAUUGGAGUUAAACAAGCUUCUGAUGGGGUAAGCCAGUUGCACUAAGCUCAUGAGUCAUUUAUAAGUUAUAUUCUUCAAGAAUGAAUGUGUACAUGUAUAAAAAAUGUAAAAUGAUGUAACAACUACUGAUUGCCUUUUGUAGAAAAGCAUUCCUGUUUGCGUUAAUCAGAGAGAUCCCCUUACUGUUCGGCGUGCUUUGGGGGGACAGGAGCGGUGGUUUAAUUGGGUUGAUUUUCUACGUUUGAUUGAAUGUGAGUUGUGCGAGAAACUUAUUGUUAGUAAUGAUGUCUGUGAGGUGAUAUUCCUGCUUAGGAUGGAUGUAAAUAAAUGGCUGCGCCCUGA